AUGCCACUCCUCCGCCCCCCCUUCGACCCGGAGCUCGCGCCCAUCCAAGCUUCCUUCGAGCCCUUCGGCCCCAUCACCCCAGAGUUCGUCGUCAGACACCAUGCCCGCACCGAUCGUGCCCUGGAGGCCCCGCACAUCGCCGCCGCGGAAGCCAUAGGCGACCGGCCCCUCACGCACGCCGAGCACACGGCCCCGGGCUUCGGCCCGAUCGACCCUCCCGUCGCGCUCUCCACCUUCACGCCCAACAUGGUCCCGGUGGCGGGAAACCCGUGCCGGCCCUGCAUCCUGUACAUUCACGGCGGCGGCCUCAUCUUCCUGCACCGCCUCGUCGGCCUUUCGCAGCCGCUGGACUGGGCCGUGGCCGCGGGCGCCGUGCUCGUUAGCGUCGAGUACCGCCGCGCGCCGGAGCACCCGCAACCAGCGGCGUCGGACGACUGCUUCGCGGCGCUGCGGUGGGUGCGGGCAUCGGCGGGCGCGCUGGGCGUCGACGCCGCGCGCAUCCUGGUGGCCGGGCAGUCGGCGGGCAGCGGGCUGGCGGCCGGGCUGGCGCUGCGGGCGCGCGACGCGGGCCUUGAGCCGCCGGUGCGCGCGCAGAUGCUGCCGUGCCCGAUGCUCGACGACCGCUGCGAGUCGGUCAGCUGCGCGCAGUUCGACGGCGGCGUGGAGCCGUGGGACCGGACUAAGAACGCGGCGGCGUGGGGCAUCGCGCUGGGCGGGCCGGCCGGGGCCGAGGCGGGCAACACGGUGAGCCCCUACUGGGCGCCGGCGCGGGCCGAGACACUGGUGGGGCUGCCGCCCGCGUACAUCGAGGCGGGCUCCGCCGAGUUCUGCCGCGACGAGGCGGUGGAGUACGCGUCGCGGCUGUGGGCGGCCGGGGUCUCGGCGGACCUGCACGUGUGGGCGGGCGGCUUCCACGGGUUCGACGAGAUGGCGCCGGACUCGUGGCUGGGGCGCCGGGCCAUCGCAGCCAAGAUGGAGUGGGUGCGGCGGGUGCUGACGGAAUGA